AUGACUAAGAGGCCUCUUGGCGAAGAACUAACCAUUGCUACAAAUGUAAAAAAGAAUAAAAUAGAACAAAGUGAAAAGCUUGAAAAUGAGGAUAAGUUAGAGUUUGCAGAAAUAUUGGCUCGAAAUGAUUCUUCAACAAAUAAACGUGAAACUUGGCCUCGUCCUGCUGUUCCUGAUGUUUAUAAACAAAGUUUAGAUGCAGAUCUUGUAGUACAGGUUCUUGAUAUGGAUUAUGUUAUGGAGGAUAAAAAAUUCAUUGACACAAGAUUAUUUGGUGUUAGUAAAGAUGGGAAUACUGUAUUAAUUCACGUUCUAAACUAUUAUCCAUAUUGUUUUCUUGAGUUACCUGAUGAAUUUAAGGAAGAACAUUUGACAUACGUUCAAGGAAAUAUAAAUAAAUUACUUGUUGAUGUUGCCAAAAAUUAUGGUGUUAGUCAGGAACUCAAAGAAUUUUGUCCAAAAGUUGAAAUUGUAAGAGGAAAGAAUAUUUAUGGUUUUGAUAGUUCUGAUGGAAAAAACUACUUGAAAACUUAUUUUGUUCAUCCUCGAUUGUGUUCAGCAAUAAACAAUUACAUUGAAGGACUAUCCUUGAUGCCUGGUCAUUCUACUGGUGAUGUAAAAGUGUUUGAAUCUAAUAUUGAUUAUGAAAUUCGUUUUAUGGCCGAUAUAAAUUUGGUUGGUUGUGGAUGGGUUGAAUUAAAAAAAGGAAAAUAUGAAUUAACUUCUAAUAAAGUGUCUAUUUCUCAAAUUGAAGUUUCUGUUGAUGUAAAUGAUUUGAUUGUUCAUGACUCAAAUGAUCCAAUGUGGUCUGGUGUUGCACCACUAAGAGUUUUAAGUUUUGAUAUUGAAUGUCAGGGUAGGAAAGGUAUAUUUCCAGAAGCAAAAGAGGAUCCUAUUAUUCAAAUUGCAACAAUGGUUAAAAUUGAAGGUAAAGAAGAACCUUUUAUUAGAAAUAUAUUUUGUUUGAAGGAUACUGCUAAUAUUCCUGGUGCUGAAGUUAUAAGUUGUGAAACAGAAAAAGAAUUAUUGAUAAGUUGGGCUAAUUUCUUUAGAACUGUUGAUGCAGAUAUUAUAACAGGUUAUAAUAUCCAAAAUUUUGAUAUACCUUAUAUACUUGAUCGUGCUUCGGCUUUAAAAAUUGACAAAGAAGUAAAUAAGUUAGGGCGUAUAAGUAAUUCUGUAACAAAGGCACGUGAUCAACAGUUAUCUUCAAAACAGAUGGGUUCUCGAGUCAAUAAGACUAUUAAUAUGGAAGGCCGUGUAAUUUUUGAUGUUUUGCAAAUAGUUCUUCGUGAUUACAAACUUCGAAGUUAUACAUUAAAUAACGUUUCUUUUUACUUUUUAUCCACACAAAAAGAGGAUGUCGAACACAAUAUCAUUUCCGAUCUUCAGAAUGGAGAUGCGCAAACUAGAAAAAGGUUAGCUAUUUAUUGUUUGAAAGAUGCUUAUUUACCACUUAAAUUACUUCAAAAAUUAAUGUCUUUCAUUAAUUAUAUGGAAAUGUCAAGAGUAACUGGUGUUCCUUUAAAUUUCUUAUUGACAAGAGGUCAACAGGUUAAGAUUCUUUCACAAUUAAUUAGAAAAACAAGGAAAAUGAAUUUGUUGUUGCCUGUUAUUGAAAAACAGUUUACAGAUUCUAAAUAUGAAGGAGCUACCGUAAUUGAACCAAUUAGAGGUUUUUACAAUGAACCAAUUGCUACACUUGAUUUUGCUUCUCUAUAUCCAUCAAUUAUGAUUGCUCACAACAUUUGUUAUACCUCAUUGUUAUCUACACCUCCACCUGGUUGGGUUGAAGGUGAAGAUUAUGUUAAAAGUCCUACAGGUAAUUAUUUUGCCUCAACAAAACAUGUUAAUGGUCUUUUGCCUGAUAUUCUAAGAGAAUUGUUAGAUGCUAGAAAGCAGGUAAAGAAUCUUAUGAAAUCUGAAAAAGAUCCUUUCAAACAGAUGGUUUAUAAUGGUCGACAAUUGGCUUUAAAGAUUAGUGCUAAUUCAAUUUAUGGUUUUACUGGUGCAACGGUAGGAAAGUUACCAUGUUUAGAAAUUUCUUCAUCAGUUACUGCUUUUGGAAGGCAAAUGAUAGAGAAAACUAAAGAAUUAGUAGAGUCAACAUAUAAAAAGGGUUACUUAGAUGGUAAAUGUCCAAUUAAUAGUAUCGUCGUUUAUGGUGACACUGAUUCUGUCAUGAUAAAAUUUGGUGUUAAUACUGUAGAGGAAGCAAUGGAAUUGGGAGCACAUGCAGCAAAAGAAAUAAGUAAAACAUUUAAAGAACCUAUUAAAUUAGAAUUUGAAAAAGUAUACUUUCCUUAUUUACUCAUUAACAAAAAACGUUAUGCUGGAUUAUAUUAUACAAAACCUGGUGCUUAUGAUAAAUUAGAUUGCAAAGGAUUGGAAACAGUUAGAAGAGAUAAUGCUCCACUUGUUGCAAAGGUCUUAAAUGAAUGUUUGAAUAAAUUAUUAAUUAAAAGAGAUGAAACUGCAGCUUUAAGUCAUGCAAAGAAAGUAAUAUCUGAUUUACUUAUGAAUCGUGUUGAUAUAAGUAUGUUGGUUAUAUCUAAAGAAUUGACAAAAAAAGACUACAGCUCAAAGUUAGCUCAUGUUGAAUUGGCAGAACGAAUGAAAAAACGUGAUCCUGGAUCAGCUCCAAAGUUAGGAGAUCGUGUACCUUAUGUUAUUAUAUCAAAAGGAAAAAAUGUUCCUGCUUAUGAAAAGGCUGAAGAUCCAUUAUAUGUGUUAAAAAAUAAUAUUCCAAUUGACACUGAAUAUUACUUGGAACAUCAAUUAGCUAAACCAUUGGGAAGAAUUUUUGAACCAAUUUUAGGAGACAAAGCUGAAAAGAUGUUAAUUCAAGGGGAACAUACAAAGAAGAAAUUUAUUUCCCGUUGUAAGGUUGGUGGUUUAUUCGCAUUUACCAAGAAAGCAUAUAGUUGCUUGAAAUGUAAAGCAGUUCUUAAGAAUGACAAAUUUGCUACAUGUGAUCAUUGCCGUAUUUAUGAAGGAGAUGUUUAUCGCGAAAAAAUUUCUUCAUAUCAAGAUGCAGAAAGAAAGUAUAAUCAAUUGUGGUCAGAAUGUCAAAAUUGUGCUGGAACGGUGUGUGAAGAGAUUAUCUGCUCUUCCCGUGAUUGUCCAAUAUUUUAUAUGAGAGAAAAAGUUAAAGUAGAUUUAAAAGAUACAACAGUUGCUCUAAGACGUUUUAAAUUUUAA